AUGUCAACCGUCAUGCUGCCAUCAGUCGAAGCCCGCGCACAGUCGCUGACCGAGGAACUAUUCCAAUAUCUCACGGUCCAGGGAAGCCGAAGCUAUGGCGAGGCACGCGUCACCCAACUUGAGCAUGCCCUGCAGGCUGCGCAACUGGCUCGCGAAGCCGGAGCUGACGACGAUGCAGUCGUGGCUGCGCUGCUGCACGACAUUGGGCAAUUCAUCCCAAUGUACGAACACAUGCCAGCGUUGAUUGCCCCCAACGGAUCACGCGUUGGGCGAGGAAGUCACGAUGUUUUUGGAGAGAAAUACCUGAGGGAACUGGGCUUCAAUGAUAAGAUUUGCCAGCUUGUCGGCGCACAUGUUAUGGCAAAGCGUUACCUGACGGCAGUUGACAAGGACUAUUAUGACAAAUUAACAGAAAUCAGCAAAAACUCCCUCAGGCUCCAGGGCGGUGUUUUUACUGAGGAGGAAGUGAAAUUCCACCAGAAGGACCCUCUUCUAGAACAAAAAUUGGCACUACGGAGAUUCGACGACUUGGCAAAGGUUCCCGGAAAGGUUACGGAACCACUGUCUCAGUACAAGCCUUUGGUUGUAAAGACUUUGAUUGAUUCACUGUCACGAGCAGCUUUGCCACAUCAGUCGGACGUGUCUUCCGCUUCUGGCUAA